CUUAGCCCAAUUCUCACACGUUGAUAAUUAUACCACCGUCUGGAGACCGUUUCGAACCAAAGUUUCUCUUCUUACAUCUCCCACGAUGGCUGCACCCUGGGCUGAUGAACCCUUCACCCUUAUCUCUAUACCUGGCCGCGGCGUGGAUCUCUCCAAAGCCCAUGGAUCCGUAUAUGUCGCUCGUGAAAUGGCAUUUGCGCACAAUGGCAUGAUUCGGGCUCUCAACAGCAUCUAUCAGCAAUGCAUUCACGUCUCUGCCUCCAUCGACAUCGCCGACUUGCUGAAGUACGCACAAUUCUGGUGCCAAUGGAUCCGUGAGCAUCACCAAGGCGAAGAAGAUUUGUUUUUUCCUCAAAUAGAAAAGAUUACUGGUGAAAAGGGCCUGAUGGAGCGUAACGUCGCUCAGCAUCACGCUUUCGAGUCCGGGCUGGCAGACUUUGAGACAUGGUUGAACAAUUGCAAACCUGAAAGCUACGACGGCAAGGAACUGAGAGCUUCAAUCGACCUUUUCGGCAAGAUUUUGAGUCAGCAUCUCACAGAAGAGAUCCAGACGCUUUUGGAUCUAACAGCAUACGACGGGAAAGCUUUGAGAGAUGCCUGGAACGUGUUUGAUCUGGAGAUGCGGAAAGGCGACAAGUCCAUCAUUUUCCCCAUCGUCUUUGGAAGUUCUGAUGGAGAGUUUGAAGGGGCGGGCGACUGGCCCGAAGUUCCCGGGCCGGUGAGGCUUCUUGUGCACUAUUGGUUUGAAAGGAAGCAUCAGGGUGCAUGGAGGUUCUCGCCAUCGACGACUUGGGGGGCCAAGCGUCCGCUGGCAUUUACUGGGGAUUCUAAGAGCUAAGUGGCUAAGUAUCCUGUAACUGCCAGGCUCUACUGUGGCCAGAUAAACAGAUUGCUACUGGAAUCAGGGCGCCAUGAUCAGUGAAAAAGUUGGCAAUUCAUAGCUCUCUUUAAAGAGCCU